UAUUAUAUUUUAUAAAUAUGGGAUGCGUAAUUACAUCUGAGAAAGUCAGUCAAUAGAAAACUAUGAUGUUGGAAUCAACAUAUAAAAAAGAAUAACGGGAGAAAGAUUAAAGAAUAAAAGCACAUGCUAUUUUAGACGAGUAUCGUCAAACUAAAACAAUCAGGAAGUAAAUCAAAUUGCAAUAAGACGUCAAAGAUGCUCUCUUAGAAUAAAUCGUUAGAAAUAAAACAGUUACUCCUCAAAAGUCCUCGAUAGCCAAUUGA